ACAAAUGUUGGGAGGCCUUAAGUUCGUGAUUCGUCUACUUGUCUGAUCUACUCAAAUACUCAAUGCUUAUAGGUCAUAGCCAUCAUAGGUAUUUACUAUUAGUGAUGCAUUCAGGCAUUCGAUAACUUUUCUUAUUUCGUUUAACCUCAUAUUAGUGUAUUAAAUAUUAAUCCGUAAUCGUAAUUUCCUGUGGGAUUCACACUUACGACUUGACGAGCCACAUUGGAUUUUUUUUUAUAAGUGCAUAGUAAACAAAUUAACAGUCAUCUAUAGUUAUAUUCUAGUCAUCGCUGUCUAUUGCGUACAUACCGAGUCGUGUUAACAUUCAGUUAAAAUGUCAGAAAAGUUAGAACCCCGAAAAAUUUGCGACUUGAAGGUGACUGAAUUACGUUCCGAACUUGAAAGACGUGAAUUAGAUAAAACUGGAGUAAAGGCAAUACUAUUGGAACGUUUGCAAAAGGCACUCCUUGAAGAAGGAGAAGAUCCAGAAAAUUGCACAUUUGAUAAAUCUGAAUUGAAAAAUGUUAGCUGUACUGAAAAAUCAGUAAUAUCAGAAAAAAAAUCUCCAAGUGUUGAAAAAAAAAAACCAAUUACCCCAACAAAAACAAUAAAGAAAAAUGUGAUUGGCAGAAGACCUGGACCAAAGUCAAAAACUUGUAUGACACAAUUAAAAAGUGAAAAAAUUACUUCUAUUGUACAAAAAGAAAAUAAUGAUACAAAUCAAGAACAAGUAGAUAGUAGCAAUAUCAUUGCUAGUUCUGAGGAUUCAAAAACAAAGUUGUUAGACACAAUAAACUCUGAUGUAGUUGAUUCAAAUGAAGCAGAAGCUAAGGAAAUUGAUACCGAUGAAUCACAGCCAAAUGAAGCACAUGUAAAUGCAGUUUCACUUACUCAAAAACAAACUAUAAUUGCUAUAGAUUCUGACUCAACUAGUACUCAAGAACAUACAAAAGAAUUUGAAGGUGAAAUAAAUGUUGCACCAAUAGAUUCUAAAAGUACAAAAAAAAAUACAUUUGAAUUAGAAAAUAAUGAAAUAAAACAAACCAAAUGUUUGGAUAAUUUAGAUACUGAUACAGGAAGCAAAGAAAAAACUUCUAUUAUUAAGAAUGAUAUAGAAAAACCAAAGACCAUCAAUAAUCAACAAUCAGAAACCAAUGAAGACGAAGAUGAUAUACAAGAUGAAGAAUUAGAUCAUGAAAUUGAUGAGGAAUUGGAUCAUGAGGUUAAUGAAGAAUUGGACCAUGAAAUUGAUGAAGAAACAAAUGACAAUGAUGAUGUUCUUAAUCAAACUAAUAAUACAGAAAAAUCUACUCAGGAACCUAAUAAAGAUGACAAUAAUGAAGACUCUAUUAACUUAACGAUUGGAGAAGAUGAUAUUAAAUUAUUUGCUGAUGAGGAAGAUACAAACAUUGAAAAAGAGGACGAUUUGAUCGAGAACCAUACCAAUGAAGAAACAUUGAUCAAACAGCGAGAAUCUCGCCAUCCAGUUACUGCUAGUAGCAGUAGAGCAACAACUGGAUUAGUCAAAAGCCGUCGCAGUACAACUGAGAAGCGUUCAUCAGUUGGAGAUAAACCACGGAGUACCCACAAAGAGGAAAAGGACAUCAGCAAUUCAAAACCCAUCAUCAGUGUCAGUAUGCCCAAAGAUGAGAAGAAAGAAGAGGAGAAACAAGUUAAAGAUAAAGUGGAAACUGGAAAUAAGCAGAGCAAUGAUUCAAAGGUUCUGCAAAUAUCAAACGAAACAUCAAAGAAAAACAACUCAUCUUUGGUUCGCAACAUUUGGGUUAGUGGCUUGGCAUCUAUCACUAAGGCCACUGAUUUAAAACAGCUUUUUUCAAAGUAUGGAAAGGUUGUUGGAGCAAAAGUUGUGACAAAUGCCAAAACUCCAGGUGCUCGUUGUUAUGGGUUUGUUACAUUAUCUUCAGCAGAGGAUGCUAAUCGAAGUAUAGAAAAUUUACACAAGACUGAACUUCAUGGUCGUGUUAUUAGUGUUGAAAGAGCUAAACGUGAUAAUGGUUAUCAAGUGACAGCAAAAAGUUCCAAUACUUCCAAAGUAAAUGAAAAUUCUGAAAUUGAACAAAAUACAAAAAAAUUUGAAGAAAAAAAAGAUAAACGAGAAGAAAAAAGGGAAAAGAGACCAGAAAUUACAAUUAAUGAUGUUAAAAAACCUGACUCAUCAACUUUAAAGCGAUCAUUAUCAAAAGAUCAAAAUCAAGAACCAAAACGUUCUAAAAUUGUAAUUGAAAGAGAUGAUCGAAGAAAAGAUAGGAGUAUCAAAAGUAAAAGUAAUGAACGUGACAGAGAAAAGCUGAGGGAAUUGGAGCGGGAAAGAGAACGUUUGGAAAGAGAAAAAAGAAGACAACAAGAAAUUUUAAACUUGACAAAAAUGAAAACUGAACGUGAAAGGCUAAAACAAAAAGAACAAGAAAGAGCAAUGAGAGAAGAAGAACGUAAGAGACGUAUUGAAAAAGAACGUCAAUUAGAAAUUGAAAGAAAACAAAAAGAAGAAGCAAUACGCUUAGAAAAAGAAAGACAAAAACUUAGAAUUGAACGUGAAAGAAUUGAAAAGGAAAAAUUAGAACUAUUGCGUUUAGAACGUGAAAAUCAACGUUUAGAACGAGAAAGAUUACAGAGAGAAAAAGAAGAGUUACGUAGAGCACAAGAAAAACUUGAGGAAACAAAGCGUCAAGCAUUACUCAAACGUGCUGCUAUUCCUCCAUCUCCUCCACUUCCUAGUAAAAGGCAUUCUUCAUCAAAUUCAUCUCGUUAUGAAGAAAGGAAAGAACCAAUUCGUAAUUCUCGUAUCCAGCCUAGUACAGACUAUAUGAAUCAAGCACCUCCACCUCCUAAUAUAACAUCAUCUAGACAUCGCUAUGAACAGCAUUCGUCAGAUUCCCGUCGUAUGAGGCCGUCACCACCACCUCCACCCCCACCAGCAUCAAGACCCAAAGACUCUACCGUGAACAUCAGAUAUGGUGGUGCUCCACCAGCAGCAGAUCAUCAUUACAGAAGCCGUGAUGAUCGGUCAGAUCGUAGAGAAGAAUCUCGUAAGAAAGAUUCAAGUAGUGGAGGUAGUAACAGACAUGCUCAUGCAUCAUAUGAUUCAAACAAAAGUUCCUAUGGAAUGUCCCGUAACAGUGAAAGUAAUACUUGGUCAUCAGCUCCAGUAAAGAGUUCUUAUGGUACACUUAGCUCAAGCUCUGGGACUAAUAAUAUGGUAAUAAGCUCGAGACCAGAUCCUUGGUCAAAUAGUAAUAAUAGUCGAGAAAUUGAAACAACUGUAUGGCAACGUCCUCCUCAACCACCUCCGGAAAACAGAUGGAACAGUACUUCAAGUAAUCCUUCAUCUAUGUCAAUUAGUGGCCGUAGUUCGAGUAGUAACACCUUGUAUGGAAAUAACCAUCAAGUAAUACCAAACAUUGGAUUAAAUAUGUCAACAAACUAUAGUGAUAGUAGAUUUGAUAGUUAUAAAAUGAGUGGCAUGUCACGAAAAUAUUAGGGAAAUUUAUUAGCGUUUAAUCAUAGCACAUUCCAUUGUCCUUGUGCUGUUUAUUCUAAUUUUCUAUGUAUUUUAAUUUUUAACAAUACAUUUUAUACAUAAGAUAUUAUUGAUUUUAUUUUUAUUACUUCAAUAGAAUUGUUGAACUAUUAACUAUGCAUUUGAAUACACUUUGUAGUUUAUGGAUUAUAAAAAUUCAUUAAAAAUUAUUUGUUUUUUAGUUAAAUAAAUUUUAAUUUAUUAAAUUUGUGUUUAAAAACGUAUAUUAAUUAUCUUAAUCUUUUAGUUAUUUACUUGUAGAAAUAUGUUUGUAAUCAAUGACUUUGCAAGAGUGAACCUUUCAAUAAAUAAUUCACUUUUAUUUUAUACUUUAUAUUAUUAUCUAUAUUGUAAUUAUAAUAACAUUAAAAAUAUGUUGAUUUUAUAAUAAAGUUUUAACUUUAAUUUAA